AAUCCGCGAGCCGCAGCAGCGGAAUUGCGUGACCCACCCGAGGCUCCAGAGGCUGACCUCUCUCUCUCCCUCCGUGCACAAAGUCGCCGGCCUUCUUCCUUUCCUUCCCGUGCUCGCCACCGCCGCGUUCAUUUCACCCGCCGCCCCCAACCUAAACAACACGGCACCAGAAGUCCUCCCCGCCCAGCCUGUAGCUAGGGUUUCGCGCGCCGGCCGGGGGGCAUGGCGUACGUGGACCACGCCUUCUCCAUCUCCGACGAGGACGACCUCGUCGGCGGCGCCGUCGGGGGCCCGCGCGGCGCGCCCGUCAAGGAGGUCGCCUUCGCCGCCGCGCUCCUCGCCUUCGGGGCGCUCGGCGCCGUCGGGGGCCUCUUCAUGGCCGCCAACCAGGUCGGAGGGGACCGCGCGCACGGAAUUUUCUUUAUGAUUCUAGGUAUUGUGAUGUUCAUCCCUGGGUUCUACUACACACGAAUCGCCUACUAUGCAUACAAAGGUUACAAGGGCUUCUCAUUUUCAAACAUCCCACCAAUCUGAAGCAGUGUCGCUGGCCUGGAGUUCGGAUCAUCCAAUGGCCCUGCUGAUAGUGUAGUGUAUCUACCCUUAUGCUGCAUGUUUGUGUCAAUUUCUCAACCAUGUACUGGAAUGAACUGGUGGACGUGUACAGAUAAAUAGAGCUGCAUAUUAUGGUGUGGCCAGCCAGUGGAACGUUGUGUGAUUAUGUCAAAUUACUUCACUGUGUACUUCACCAUUAAACAUUUUUUCAAAAAAGUUUCUGAGAGGCGCCGCCGUUCAUUUUCA